AUAAGAAGAUAUCGUACAGCCUUUUCUAGAGAACAACUCAGUCGACUGGAGAAGGAAUUCCUUAAAGAGAAUUAUGUUUCCCGACCAAAACGAUGUGAACUUGCAGCAUCAUUGAAUCUCUCUGAGAGUACCAUUAAGGUGUGGUUUCAGAAUCGUCGAAUGAAAGAUAAAAGACAACGA